CAACCCAGAAGUUUAAGACUGCAGUGAGUUAAGCCAACGCCAUGGCACUUUCGCCCGGGUGACAGGGCCAAACCCUGUCUCAAGAAAACGAAAGAGUUCAGGGACUCAGCGCCCUUCCUCCCCGUCCCGCGGGCAGACACGCGUGCACCACCGCACGAAGACGCCGCACGCGCGGGCGGUGUAAGUCCCGGCGGCGGCGCGCAGGGCAUCUCGGGGAAUGUAGUCCCCCAGAAGGUCCGCCCCGGCUCGCGGCCGCGCCUCCCAGCACUACAACUCCCACGAGGCAGCGGGACGCCGGCUCCCAGCGCCGGCCGACGGAUCAGGCCUUCAGCUCGCGCUCGGUCCUCGGCUGGCGCCGCGCGGGCGGGGCGGGAAGAUGGCGGACGUGGUCGCGGGCAAGGACAGGUGUGCGGAGCACCGGCUCGUCUCGCUGCCCCUGUCCCGCAUCCGAGUCAUCAUGAAGAGCUCCCCCGAGGUGUCCAGCAUCAACCAGGAGGCACUGGUGCUCACGGCCAAGGCCACGGAACUCUUUGUUCAGUAUCUAGCCACCUAUUCCUACAGACAUGGCAGUGGAAGGGAAAAGAAAGCACUGACUUACAGUGAUUUAGCAAAUACUGCAGAGGAAUCCGAAACUUUUCAGUUUCUUGCAGAUAUAUUACCAAAGAAGAUUUUAGCUAGUAAAUACCUGAAAAUGCUAAAAGAGGAAAAGAGGGAAGAUGAUGAUGAGGAGGAGGAGAAUGACAACGAUGAUGAACAUGAAGACGAAGCCGAACCCUAAACCAGAGUUGUAAAAGUCAGCCUGGUGAGGAGCCUCCGCGGUCAGCACAGUUGCUUCGGCAGAAGUGUGGCUGCUACACCCUAAUCUCUCUUCCUUUUAAGAGACUUCCAGUUUAUUGAAUCCUUUCCUGGCUAAGAUCAGCAUCUCAGCACCUACACCAUAAACAGUCCCAGGGGAAGUAAUCCAGACAGCAGCCUCUGAGAGGGUAUCGCUGCAGUUGGAAGGAACUGAGAAAGCUGCCAGGACAGUCAGGCGCUGCUGGUUAAUCUGCUGCAGCUCCAAACUGGAGAGGCAAAGAUGACUUUGCUUCAUCUUCUAAUUUACAAAUAGAUUUUGAAGAGCUUCUAAAUACUGGUUGUGUAAAUUCAUAUAUGUAUAUUGUGGAAUUCUUGUAAACAGCAGAUUCAAUUUUAGCUAAAUGUGUAGUUUAUAGGUGGAGUAUGUUACAUCAGAACUUUUGUAUUUUGCAGGUACUGGAUUAUUCAAAUGUUAAUCUUUUGAACUUUUUUCUAUUAAAGAU